AGACACGUGCGAUAUUGAAGAUUUGAACAAGAAAAGACCAACUACCCACACAUCGCCGCCUCGUAUCCCCCACCCCCCACCCCCACGAUUAAUACACACACUGCUACUUCAUCAAGAACCCCUUUGAUAUAUUUAUUCACUUGAAGCCUACUCUUCUUGGAAAGUCCGAAAACAGAAAAAACAUACCCACAAAAACAUAUCUAGCCGUGGCAGUAGAAAACCCUUUUAUUAGAUCACCAGAGCCUUAGUUUUUCUCAGGCUUUGGAUUCCAACAUGGCAUCUUCGUGGAGGGUCUUGUUUAUUUUCUUCGUUUUUCUUGCUCUCGUUGUUCCUAAUGUCAAAGCUGAUGCUGGGUCAUCGUUGGAUGAUGAAGUUGAAGUGGUUAGAUCGGAUGUUGAACCCACUUCUCAAGAAUUGGACCUUCUUAAGUCCAAGAUCCAAUCUUUAGAAUCAAACAUUGAGGAGACUGUGCGAGCACUGAAAGGAAAGGAUGAGGUGAUUGCUGACAAGGAGAAGAUAAUAAAAGAGAAGUCAGAGAGGGUUAAGUCAUUGUCAACUGAAUUGGCUUCUCUACAGAAUAAGGGAACACUAGAUGCUGAGGAGCAAGUUGGAAAGGCUCGUGCACGAGCUGAUCAGCUUGAAAAGCAAGUUGAGAGACUAAAAGAGGAAGUUGAAAUGAAGAAUAAGGAGAAAAAAGACUUUGAAGCCCAUAAAGGUGAAACCGAGAAAAAAGUCACUGAGUUAAAUUUGACGGUUGACAAGCUCCAAAAGACCAUUGAUGAACAGAAGAAGAAACUGCAAAAAACUGAACGAGCUCUUCAACUUGCUGAGGAGGAAAUGAUUAGAGCAAGGUUUGAAGCCACAUCGAAGGCGAAGGAGCUGAUGGAGGUGCAUGGGGCGUGGCUUCCACGUUGGCUGGCAGUUCGUUGGAGUCACUACCAGUCUCUUUUGGAGAAGCAUUGGCAGGAGCAUGGGAAACCUGCCAUGGACAUAAUGAUACAGAAGGCAGUUGAGAAGAAGGCCCAAGCUGAGGUAUGGGCUGCGCCACAUGUAGAAACAGUCAAAACAAAAUGGAUGCCAGCUGUGAAGGAACAAUGGGUGGUGAUCACCACUAACCUCAAGCCACACGCGGAAUUGCUAAAGACUAAAACAUUUGAAAUUUAUGAAACAUCUAAAGGCGCGAUAACUCCUCAUAUUGUCAAAGUUCAGGAAGUAGCAGAACCCCAUGUUCAGGAACUUAAGAAAUUCAGCAAGCCAUACAUUGAUCAGGUUGCCACUGCUACAAAACCUCAUGUGGAGAAAGUCCGUAUUGCUGUAAAGCCAUACACAGAUGUGGCAGUUCAUCAUUAUGGAAAGUUCCUUGAGUCUGCAACAGUAUACCAUCAUCAGCUGCAAGACACAGUCGACGAAACACUGAAGAAACAUGAGCUUACAAGACCUCUUGCAACAAAGGAGUUUGUCUGGUUUGCUGCCUCAGCGGUGUUGGCUCUGCCAGUUAUAAUACUGUUCAAACUUUUGUCUGCCAUUUUCUGCACAAAGGUGAAGAAACCCAGCCGAAAUGGUCAUGCACACCAUUCACGUCGUAAGGCCAAGAGGGUACAUGCAGACAAGUAGGCAAGGAAGUACACUGCUUUCAUCAGAAAUCAAGCGUUUUACGGUCACAGGUUGGUUGUCAUUCUGUCGCUGGGUGUUUGAAGUGUCGAGAGUCAUCGUGCAGAAUCUUUAUGUUUUUGAAGUUUCUUGCCGUAGGUUUUUCAUGAUGUGCAUAAAGCAUAAAUUGGGGAUACAGAGGAGUAGGUUUGAUAUUUUUUUGUUGGUGUAUCACAGCUUUUACAUUGGUUAGUGUCGGUGUUGUGUACUAUGAUCUCUCCAGCGUGCUGUUACGUUAGAAACUUGUCACUCUUUCCACAUCAAAGUUAAUAUAUUGACUUAGUUGUAUUAUUUAUUAAAUGCAAAGAACUUGUCUUCGUUGUAUUAGGAUCUCCAUAUUCAUAAUUGAUAAGAGGUUAUUUCUGUUUAA